AUGCGUCGAGGUCCAGGUUAUCAGGUGCCUCAGCCGAGAGACGUCCCAGUCCCGGAGACUGCGGAAGGCACAGCAGCAGCGAACGGUCGGAGGAACUGGCUAAACCCAUCUGGCGCGCGACGAAAUCUGUUUGGCCUGCCGAGUCGUGCACCCUCAAACAAUUCCACCGCAAACGCUCGAGACGCAGAAGCUGGCAGUGGCAGUGGCAGUGGCGGUCUCUUCACUCCAGAAAGUCUUCCCAGUCAUAGCAUUCCGUUUCCAGCAGGCGGCCGCGGCGCUGCAGGCCAACGAACGGUACAGUUUGAGACGCCUGAUCAGGGUUUGGAUGCAGCCACUGGUAGCUCGGUCUUCGGGGCAGAUGGUGGCGAUGACGGUGGCGAUGGCGUAGCGGGCAGGCAGACGAGGAGUGGGAGGUUGCUUGCUGGAUUCGCUCGGCGGACUGGUGGCAGACGAGGUGCUGGCUGA